GGGACACCGCAAAAGGAUGUUAUAAUAAAACCCGAUGCCCCAAGCACAUUACUUUCGGAGAAACAUGCGGACUAUAUAGCUUCGUAUGGAACAAAGAAAGAUGAUUACGAAUACUGUAUGUCGGAGUAUUUGAGGAUGAGUGGUGUUUACUGGGGGCUGACAGCAAUGGAUCUCAUGGGGCAGCUGCACCGAAUGAACAAGGAAGAAAUUCUGGCAUUCAUCAAAUCAUGUCAACAUGAGUGUGGUGGAAUAAGUGCCAGCAUAGGUCAUGAUCCUCAUCUUCUGUAUACCCUCAGUGCUGUCCAGAUUCUUAUCUUAUAUGAUAGUCUCCAUGUUGUUGACGUAAAUAAAAUUGUUGAAUAUAUACAGAACUUGCAAAAAGAAGAUGGAUCGUUUGCUGGAGACAAAUGGGGAGAAAUAGAUACAAGGUUCUCCUUCUGUGCUGCAGCAACUCUUGCACUUCUGGGAAAGCUGGAUGCUAUUGAUGUGGGGAAAGCGGUAGAAUUCGUUUUGUCCUGUAUGAACUUUGAUGGAGGAUUUGGUUGUAGACCAGGUUCCGAAUCACAUGCAGGACAGAUCUAUUGUUGCACAGGAUUUCUGGCUAUAACAGACCAGUUGCAUCAAAUAAAUGUUGACUUGCUGGGUUGGUGGCUUUGUGAACGUCAGUUACCUUCUGGAGGUCUCAACGGGCGACCAGAGAAGUUACCUGAUGUAUGUUACUCAUGGUGGGUGCUAGCAUCUCUGAAGAUGAUUGGUAGGUUACAUUGGAUUGACAGAGAGAAACUGCGCUGCUUUAUUUUGGCCUGCCAGGAUGAGGAGACUGGAGGAUUUGCUGACAGACCAGGAGAUAUGGUGGAUCCAUUUCACACCUUAUUUGGAAUUGCUGGACUAUCUUUAUUAGGAGAAGAACAAAUUAAGGCUGUUAAUCCUGUCUUUUGUAUGCCAGAAGAUGUCCUUCGAAGAAUAAAUGUACAGCCUGAGCUUGUGAGCUAA